UGUGGCUAUCGUGGUGGGCGCCCCGCAGACCAUGGGCCCAAGCCAGGAGGAGACUGGUGGCGUGUUCCUGUGUCCCUGGAAGGCCGAGGGGGGCCAGUGCACCUUGCUACCCUUCGACCUCAGGGAUGAGUCCCGAAACGUAGGCUCCCAGACUUUUCAAAGCUUUAAAGCCCGGCAAGGACUUGGAGCAUCUGUGGUCAGCUGGAACGACGUCAUUGUGGCCUGCGCCCCCUGGCAGCACUGGAACGCCCUAGACAAAACAGAGGAAGCUGAAAAGGCACCGGUGGGUGGCUGCUACGUGGCUCAACUUCAGAGCGGUGGCCGAGCAGAAUAUUCACCCUGUAGGGCCAACACCAUGAGCUCGGUUUACAAAAAAAGUGGUUUUAGCGACAAGCGAUACUGCGAAGCCGGCUUCAGCUCUGCGGUCACUCAGGCAA